GUCACCUUCGAUGAAUUACAAUGACAGAAAACAGCUGUUGUUCAUUUUCGACACUUUUUAUGGUUGUCUUGCUAUCUGCUCAGGCUUUAUCAGCACAUACAAUGACUGAAGUAAAUCCUAGAAUCCCAGAUUUACAGGACACAUUCACUCCUUUUGGUGUACCGCUAUCUGGAGUAUAUAAACGAAGUUAUGCUUAUGUAUCGAUCAAGGAUAGAAUGCCAGUGAUAUUAACAAAAAUUAUUGAUACUUUCUGUCAAAAAAAGAACGAAAUUAUAUAUCGAUAUGGCCAGGACGCAGCAAAAGAUAUCAAGGAUAUCAUAGGAUUUAUAAGUCAAUUAAAAAAUGAAAUUGUUACUAACAAAACUUUGAAACCUAUGCGUUUAAAUACCAAGGCAAUGAUUAAUGAUGCAGAAGAAUGGAAUAUAUAUUUGGAGAACAAGACACACAUAGAAGGUGAAAUACCUACAUGGUUCAAUACGACAUGGUUAUACUGUGAAACCUACAUGUAUCGUGUAUUAGCUCAAGAAAUUAGUUUAACGAACAGCAUACAAAGUUAUGAUCCAUUUGAACACAUAAAGCAAGCUGUUUUUAUUAACUUCAUUGAUUCUAUGGAUAUCCUUGCCUCGUAUGUGAAUGAUAUAGUAAAUAACAAAGAAUACAAUGAGGAAAGUUCAAAGAAUAAUUUUUUGAAAUUACUAAAAUUGAGCUUAUGGAGUAACAGGGUUGAUUUAUCUGCAAGUGCAGGAUCUGUUCAAAGUCAGACUGAUAAUCCAUUGAAUAUGGUGGACUCUUUGGAUGAAAAUAUAUUAGUAAACAAUUGGGAACUUGUAUGGAAUAUCAUAAAGAAGAAGACAGAUAAAAAUGUUGAUAAUAUUCAUAUAGUGCUUGAUAAUGCAGGAUAUGAACUCUUCACUGACUUGUGUUUAGCAGCCUUUUUGGCUACCAUUGCACCUGAAAUUAAAAUAACAUUUUAUGUAAAGCGAUUCCCAUGGUAUGUGAGUGACACGACGAUUCAAGAUUUCCACUGGACAUUAGAUCACUUGAAUAGUUUAGAUAAUUACCCAAAUUUGAAAUUACUGAGUAAGAUGUUCGAGAAUCUUUUGGACCGUGAAACUUGGUGUGUUAAGGAAGAGCCCUAUUGGACAGGACCAUAUGAUUUUAGGCAAAUGAAAGAAAAAAACCAAAAGUUAUAUGCCCAAUUUUCCAAUGCUAAAUUAGUAAUAUUUAAGGGUGACUUAAAUUAUAGAAAACUUCUAAGUGACAUUAAUUUUGAAUACAACACAAGUUUUGCAACUGCAUUGGGAGAUUUUCGACCCACAAAUAUCUUAAGCUUGCGUACUUUAAAAGCUGACAUUUGUGUUGGAUUACCACAAGGUAUGGCUGAAUCAUUAUUCGAAAAAAUAAAUUGGUUGAUAAGUGGAGAUUAUGGUCUCAUUCAACUCGCUGUUAAUUCUGAUGUACCUGAAGAAUUAUAGAUUUUUUAAAGCGCAAAUAAAAUAAUAAAAUUCGAAUUCUAA